CUUCUCUGGACUCCCUUGAAUCGAAUUGUCGGGUCGUGUGACGGGGCCAUAUGCCUUCAGUGCCGAUUUGACUUAAACCACCGACAAGCAAAACAAGAUGGUGUCACUCGAUGAGGUACACAAAAACAACGCCAGUCUGAAAGACUACGGCCCAAACCUUGUGGCCGUCUUCGUCGGCGGAACCAGCGGGAUCGGCGAAGCAACCGCCCGAGCAUUUGUGCGAGACACGCUAUCCCCACGGGUAUUCCUAGUUGGGCGUAAUGAAGCCCAGGCAUCGAAGAUCAUCGAGGAGCUGCGUCAGCUUAACCCGGCGGGCCAGCUAAGUUUCGUCAAGUGCGACGCCGCACGGUUACAAAGUGUGGAUGAAGCAUGCAAAGUUAUUCAGGCCAAGGAAGAGAAGAUUAACCUUCUUUUCUUGAGUGCUGGAAUUUUGACUACCAAGGGACGGGAUGAAACCGACGAGGGACUCGACAAGAAGCUCAGCCUGCAUUACUAUUCCCGAAUGCGUUUCAUCAACAAUUUCCUGCCGCAGUUGACCAACGCAGGAACCGUGGCCGAGGAUUCGACCCCAGCCAAACCCGGCCUGCGUCGCAACUUGGCUAGCGCCGUCUCCGUUCUCGAGGCUGGCGGAGAAUCUCCGAUAAACUUGGACGAUUUGUCUCUAAAGACCACCUACUCGCUCCGCAACGCUGCGAAGCACGCUAUCACCAUGACAUCCCUGUCGAUGCAGGAACUCGCCGUUUCUCAUCCGGAGGUAUCGUUUGUCCAUGCCUAUCCCGGAGUCGUCAAGACCGGCAUCAUGCGUGAAUUCGGAACCAUUACCCGGGUUGCAAUGAGCGCCAUGUUUAUUCUCGCCAAGCCCUGGAUGGUGCCUCUGAACGAGAGCGGUGAUCGGCAUCUAUAUGCCGCAACUAGCCCGCGGUUCCCGCCGCGGGCCUCCAAUGGUGGCGGCGAUGUUGCGCCCGGUGCGGAUGGAGCCAAGGGUAGCGGGGCGUAUCUUUUGCAUUGGGACGGGUCUACUGCUGGGAAUCAGAAGGUUUUGCAGGAUUAUCGUGAGAAUGAAACUGGCAAAUUAGUGUGGAAGCACACUGUGGGGGUGUUUGGGUCGAUCUGCGGCAGGGCCGGCCUGUUGGAGGAUUGA